GCUCGUCCGCGCGCAGCCUGGCAGUUUGCCUUCCUCUUCCUCCUUGUCUGUCCUCCACAGCUUGCGUCCAUGGCCACGGCCGCCACCGAGGAGCCCUUCCCUUUCCACGGCCUCCUGCCCAAGAAAGAGACCGGGGCCGCCUCGUUCCUGUGCCGCUACCCGGAGUAUGACGGGCGCGGGGUGCUCAUCGCCGUGCUGGACACGGGGGUUGACCCCGGGGCUCCGGGCAUGCAGGUUACAACUGAUGGAAAACCAAAAAUCAUUGACAUCAUCGAUACGACAGGAAGUGGUGAUGUGAACACUGCUACAGAAGUAGAGCCAAAAGACGGUGAAAUUGUUGGUCUUUCAGGCAGAGUGCUUAAGAUUCCUUCAAGCUGGACAAAUCCUUCAGGAAAAUAUCAUAUUGGCAUAAAAAAUGGUUAUGACUUCUAUCCAAAGGCUCUCAAGGAAAGGAUUCAGAAAGAACGCAAGGAAAAAAUUUGGGAUCCUAUUCACAGAGUGGCCCUGGCAGAAGCCUGCAGGAAACAGGAAGAAUUUGAUGUCGCUAACAACGGCUCUUCCCAGGGCAAUAAACUAAUCAAGGAGGAGCUUCAAAGCCAGGUGGAAUUGCUCAAUUCUUUUGAGAAGAAGUACAGCGAUCCAGGCCCUGUGUAUGACUGCCUGGUGUGGCAUGACGGCGAAACCUGGAGAGCCUGCAUUGAUUCAAAUGAAAAUGGGGACUUGAGUAAAUCAACUGUAUUGAGAAACUACAAAGAGGCCCAAGAAUAUGGUUCUUUUGGUACAGCUGAGAUGUUGAAUUACUCCGUUAAUAUUUAUGAUGAAGGAAACCUGCUCUCCAUUGUGACCAGUGGAGGAGCACAUGGAACCCAUGUAGCAAGUAUAGCUGCUGGGCAUUUUCCAGAAGAGCCUGAACGGAAUGGAGUUGCUCCUGGUGCUCAGAUACUCUCCAUUAAGAUUGGCGAUACAAGACUUAGCACCAUGGAAACAGGCACAGGCCUCAUCAGAGCUAUGAUAGAAGUUAUCAGUCACAAGUGUGAUCUUGUCAACUACAGCUACGGAGAAGCAACUCACUGGCCAAACUCUGGGAGAAUCUGUGAAGUAAUUAAUGAAGCUGUAUGGAAGCAUAAUAUAGUUUAUGUUUCAAGUGCUGGAAACAAUGGCCCAUGCCUGUCUACAGUUGGCUGUCCAGGGGGAACUACGUCAAGUGUCAUAGGAGUUGGUGCUUAUGUUUCUCCUGACAUGAUGGUUGCAGAGUAUUCACUGAGAGAGAAGUUACCUGCCAAUCAGUACACGUGGUCUUCUAGAGGCCCAAGUGCUGAUGGGGCCCUUGGCGUGAGCAUCAGUGCACCAGGAGGAGCCAUUGCUUCUGUCCCGAACUGGACAUUGAGGGGAACUCAGCUAAUGAACGGGACAUCUAUGUCUUCCCCCAACGCGUGUGGAGGCAUCGCCCUGGUGCUUUCAGGCCUGAAAGCAAAUGGUGUCAACUAUACAGUUCAUUCUGUUAGAAGAGCACUGGAAAACACUGCGGUGAAGGCUGAAAAUAUAGAAGUGUUUGCACAGGGCCAUGGCAUUAUUCAGGUUGACAAAGCCUAUGACUACCUCGUUCAGAACACGUCAUUUGCUAACAGAUUGGGGUUCACAGUCACUGUUGGAAGUAACCGUGGCAUCUACCUCCGAGAUCCUGUUCAGGUGGCUGCGCCUUCCGAUCAUGGUGUUGGCAUUGAGCCUGUCUUUCCAGAGAACACAGAAAACUCUGAAAAAAUAUCCCUUCAGCUUCAUUUAGCUUUAACUUCAAAUUCAUCUUGGGUCCAGUGUCCCAGUCACCUGGAGCUCAUGAAUCAGUGUCGACACAUAAACAUCCGUGUGGAUCCUAGGGGCCUGCGGGAAGGACUGCAUUACACAGAGGUAUGUGGCUAUGACAUAGCGUCCCCCAGUGCAGGGCCUCUGUUCAGAGUUCCCAUCACUGCAGUCGUAGCGGCAAAAGUAAAUGAGUCAUCACAUUAUGAUCUAGCCUUUACAGAUGUGCAUUUUAAACCUGGUCAAAUUCGACGGCAUUUUGUUGAGGUUCCCGAGGGCGCAACCUGGGCGGAAGUCACGGUGUGUUCGUGCUCUGCUGAGGUUUCGGCUAAGUUUGUUCUCCAUGCAGUACAGCUUGUAAAGCAAAGAGCGUACCGCAGCCACGAGUUCUACAAGUUUUGUUCCCUUCCAGAAAAAGGAACCCUGACUGAAGCCUUUCCUGUCCUGGGUGGAAAAGCAAUUGAAUUUUGUAUUGCUCGCUGGUGGGCAAGUCUCAGUGACGUUAAUAUUGAUUAUACCAUAUCUUUCCAUGGGAUAGUAUGUACUGCUCCUCAGUUAAACAUCCAUGCAUCCGAAGGAAUCAAUCGUUUUGAUGUUCAGUCCUCCUUGAAAUAUGAAGAUCUGGCUCCCUGUAUAACUUUGAAGAGCUGGGUCCAAACACUACGCCCAAUUAGUGCAAAAACCAGACCUUUAGGAUCAAGAGAUGUUUUGCCAAAUAAUCGUCAGCUUUACGAGAUGGUCCUGACAUACAACUUUCAUCAGCCCAAGAGUGGAGAAGUCACGCCUAGCUGCCCGCUUCUUUGUGAGCUGCUCUAUGAGUCAGAGUUUGACAGCCAGCUCUGGAUUGUUUUUGACCAGAACAAAAGACAGAUGGGUUCAGGCGAUGCCUAUCCACAUCAGUAUUCUUUGAAAUUGGAGAAAGGAGAUUAUACAAUUCGGCUACAGAUUCGUCAUGAGCAAAUAAGUGAUUUGGAGCGUCUUAAAGAUCUUCCAUUUAUUGUUUCUCAUAGGUUGUCUAAUACCUUGAGCUUAGAUAUUCAUGAAAAUCAUAGCCUUGCACUUCUAGGAAAGAAGAAAUCAAGCAAUUUGACAUUACCACCUAAAUACAACCAGCCGUUCUUUGUUACUGCCUUACCUGAUGAUAAAAUACCUAAGGGGGCAGGACCUGGAUGCUACCUUGCAGGAUCUUUAACACUGUCAAAGACUGAACUUGGCAAGAAAGCUGGGCAGUCUGCAGCAAAACGACAAGGAAAAUUUAAAAAGGAUAUAAUCCCUGUUCAUUACUACCUAAUUCCUCCACCAACAAAGACCAAGAAUGGCAGCAAAGAUAAAGAGAAGGAUUCAGAAAAAGAGAAAGAUUUGAAAGAAGAGUUUACUGAGGCACUACGAGAUCUUAAAAUCCAGUGGAUGACCAAGCUGGAUUCCAGUGACAUCUAUAACGAGUUGAAAGAAGCAUAUCCUGCUUACCUCCCACUGUAUGUCGCACGACUUCAUCAGUUAGAUGCUGAGAAGGAACGAAUGAAGCGAUUGAAUGAAAUUGUUGAGGCUGCAAAUGCUGUUAUUUCUCACAUUGAUCAAACUGCCCUCGCACUUUAUAUUGCAAUGAAGACUGACCCCAGGCCUGAUGCAGCUGCUAUAAAAAAUGAUAUGGACAAGCAGAAAUCCACGCUGGUAGAUGCCCUUUGCAGAAAAGGGUGUGCCCUGGCGGACCACCUCCUCCACACACAGCCUCAUGAUGGGGCCGCAGCUGGAGACGUGGAAGGAAGAGAAGAAGAAGCAGAAAGUGCUUUGGACUCUCUGUCAGAAACAUUUUGGGAAACGACAAAGUGGACAGAUCUUUUUGACACUAAGGUUUUAACAUUUGCAUACAAGCAUGCGUUAGUAAAUAAAAUGUAUGGGAGAGGCCUUAAAUUUGCAACUAAACUUGUAGAAGAAAAGCCAACAAAAGAAAACUGGAAAAAUUGUAUUCAGCUGAUGAAAUUGCUUGGAUGGACACAUUGUGCAUCUUUCACUGAAAACUGGCUCCCCAUCAUGUAUCCUCCUGAUUACUGUGUAUUCUAAAAGGAAACCCAAGACUUUAAAUUUCCAAAAAGAACGUUUUAUAGUGAAUGGAUAAAAAGAUUUGUGGCAUUUUUAGUCUAAUGCAUGUUUUCAUCCACUAUACAGUACUGAUCAUUAAAAUGAUGUGUAUUUAUCCGAGAACUCACUGGCGUGUGACUUGAUCCAUGUAAAUCUAGAUCUCUGACUUGGUGUUCUCAUAAUGCCUCCCACAGCUGCUGAGGGUGGGUGUGCCGGCCCACCCACCCCAGCAUUGUCAGUUGGGUUGCAGCUUCUCAUAUGCACGAGAGGUUUUCAAGAGUAACUUUUAACUGCAGAACUCAAAAUCUAUUUUUUGUUUUAUAAAUCAAUAGGGUUUUAAUAUGCUUAUUUUUUUUUUCAAAUUAUAUGAAGGCCUUAAAAGCUACAUUAAGAGUAGCUAAAAUUAUUUAUUGGACUAAAAUCAAGAGAACCUCAUUUCCAGACUUUCUCCCCACCCAACGUUUACAUUCAGUUAAGGGAAAAGAAAACAGAGCCGGCAUAAACGUGUGGUAAUUGAUGAGGCAUGACUGUCAGAGUGAUUUUCAUUUGGGUUCUGACAGGCAGGUCACUCGAUACCCUCUUGAAGUACUCAGCAUCAGAGUGAGUUCUGUUACAUGUGUAAGUGCCAGGUAGCUGAACCUGUCGGAUAUUGUAAAGAUGCACCUGUGGUAUGUCUAAUAAAGUUGAAAUCAUGUAACACACAUGAAUAAAUGUGCAAAACCACAACAGUAUACCAUAUGCACUCUCUAAUACCUUGAUUUUUUAAAAUAAAUAAUAAAAGUGAUAUUGAAGCUUCUUAAAA